AAACCCAGCCUCUGGGUUUUCUCGAACAGCGGAGAAACAAGUGAUGAUCGUCGCCAUCGACGACAAUGAACAUAGCGCCUACGCGCUGGAGUGGAUGCUUGAUCACUUCUUUGUUCUUCUAGGUGAUAGUGCCUUGUUCAAGCUCGUCAUUGUUCACACCAAACCUUCUACUACUUCUGCCGUCGGCCUUGCCGGACCUAGUAGCUACUCAUGUGGUUUUCAAUACUUUUACUUACUAAUUCUUUCUAGAAGAAUUGCAGAAACCAGUUCCUCCAGGAAGAAGAGAUUCGUGGGAUCAACAGUGAGUUUUGGAACAAAGACUGAAUUGGUUUGAAAACCUAGAUCUGGGUUUGAGAAAAAAUCCAGAUUUGGAGAGGAAGAAGGAGGGAGAAGAGAGAGAGAAACAAUAAAAAG